UAUCGUCAACGGAAGUUUCUCCGCCAGAGCGGGAAGACAGAGCCGCUGUUACACAUGUCAACAACCGGACUGUAGCUGACGCUCAGUUAUCAGGAGAAAUAUCAUUUAGGUUGUGCACGCAGUUUGUUUCUCUCCAGGUGUUUCUGCUGCUUUUACCAGAAUCAGGAGGAGUCAUGCAGGCCUUUCUGAAAGGAGCUACUGUUCAGUCUACCAGACCUCAGAAAGACAAGGCAGCAGCAGGACCCAGUACAGAGAAGAAAGCCAAGGCUAUUCCUUGGGUAGAAAAAUACAGGCCGAAGUGUGUGGAUGAAGUGGCCUUUCAGGAGGAGGUGGUAGCUGUGCUGAAGAAGUCUCUGGAAGGAGCAGAUCUUCCCAACCUGCUCUUCUAUGGUCCCCCUGGAACAGGAAAGACCUCCACCAUCUUAGCUGCUGCCAGAGAACUUUACGGUCCAGAGCUGUACAAACAGAGGGUGCUGGAGCUCAACGCCUCUGAUGAACGAGGCAUCCAGGUCGUCAGAGAGAAGGUCAAGAACUUUGCUCAGCUCACCGUGGCCGGGACUCGCUCAGAUGGGAAGUUGUGUCCUCCUUUCAAGAUCAUCAUCCUGGACGAGGCGGACUCCAUGACGUCAGCGGCUCAGGCCGCUCUCAGGCGAACCAUGGAAAAGGAGUCCCGCACCACCCGCUUCUGCCUCAUCUGCAACUACAUCAGCAGGAUUAUUGAGCCUCUGACCUCCAGAUGUUCCAAGUUUCGCUUCAAACCUCUAGCUAAUCAGAUCCAAGAAAAGCGCCUGCUGGAGAUCUGUGAGAAGGAGAACCUCAAGUACACCAGUGAGAGUAUCGCAGCAUUGGUGAGGGUGUCUGAGGGAGACCUGCGGAAAGCCAUCACCUUCCUGCAGAGUGCUGCGCGCCUCAGUGUCAACAAGGAGAUCACAGAGCGUGCCAUCAUCGAAAUAGCCGGGGUCGUUCCUCCCAAGAUGAUUGACAGCUUGCUCCAGAUCUGCUUCAAAGGCACAUUUGAGAAACUAGAGGUUGCGGUCAGGAACAUGGUAGAUGAAGGCUACGCAGCCACACAGAUCCUGAGUCAGCUCCACGAGUCGAUCAUAGAGGAGCAGGACCUAAGCGACAAGCAGAAGUCAGCCAUCACAGAGAAGAUGGCGGUCGUGGGCAAGUGCCUGUCAGACGGAGCAGACGAGUACCUGCAGAUGUUGAGUCUGUGUUCAGUCAUCAUGCAGCAGGCCUCCCAGAACAACUGACACUCCACAAAGCACCGUCUCCUCCCCAGGGAGAGCCAAUCAUCUGCCUCCAGGGGGACCAUCACACUUCGCUCAGAGUCCGAUCUGGAGCUUGUUCACACAGUAACAGUGUGGGACCAGAUGAUAGUGCUGCUGUUUACUGUCAGAGAGCAGAGCUGUCUCCCUCCACUCUAGGAUGAGCACACAGUAAAUAACACACAACCACGUCAACAUGCUUUCAAAAUCUGUUAGCAGUGAAUCCCCCAUCAGAUGUCUAUUCCUUACCUGUCAUAUAAACUACUUCUCAGCAGAUCUUUGUACACUUCUUGGAAAUUAAUAAAUAGUUUUUGUAUCUU